CCAAGGAAAUAAAAGAUUUCGUUGGCAGAGGGGGAGCAUGUGAAUUUUUCAAAGAAAGUGAAAUUUUCCCUGGUCGUUGGACCCAAUUUGGUGAUUACUCACCAGUGAAGCACAAAAUAACGAUAAGGUGUAACCUGGGGAAUAAAAGAAAACUAAGUUUUUCAGAGUUACCACAACAGCAAGAGAAAUACCGAAGGAAAUUAAGGGAAUCUGAAACGCAACUGCAACAGAAUGGUUGUGAAAUAAAUAUUUUCACUGAUGUGGGAGAAAUAGUGAAGUUUUCUUCGAACUCAUUAACCGAAAAACAUUCAACACCGUGUAGUACUUCAUCAUUUUUCAACAAUGAACAACACUCUGAUGAAGGUUUUAGCCCUUUACUUACCAGUACAGCUAUUGAUACCAAAAAAAAAUUAACUUCUAAGUCCACGGAUAGAUUGAAACAUUGUUUAUCACCAUCUAUGUUUUCUGAUAAUAGUACUGAUGAUGAAGCACUGUCUGUUGAAGCAAUGACUUUUGGGUCUCAAUACUGCCAAAAAAGGAAGAAGGUGAAGUCAAACCAGAAUAGUAAUCAACAACCAUCAACUUCUUCUUUGGAUUAUAAUACUGAACAAUCUGAAGAAUUGGAUUACAAAAGCACCCUGAAUAACGGGAUAAGAAACAAGGUUCAGUCUGUCUCUAAAAGUAAACAGACUUCAUCACAACAUCUUCGGCCAUUUGAGAGACUGGAUUUCGGCAAAUGGAAAUUACCGAACAAUUUCGGAGUCGUAGUUAAAAAAAUAUUGCAGAAGAGAGGAAACCUGAGUGAGGCUAAUUUGUCUCUUGUGUGCCGACGUGUUGUGGAUUCCAUCGAAGAAUUUUCUUUAUGUCCCUGUGGGAAUUCAUUAAGGCUGGUGGUACAGCAAAUGUUCACUACCUACCCAUCAACACUUAUAAAUCCGAAAGAUCCAGUAGCAUCUUCGCAAGCUAUAGUAGGUAAACUACAGAGAAUUCUAUCUAGACGAAGACAAGCUGCAGGCCAAACCCUUAGUACUAAUGGAGGAAGACCUUUCCUGGAAAACAAGAUUUCCUAUUUGGAUCCAGGUAUAUACAUUCUGAAAGUGCAGGCAAUGCAGAUGACAACCUCGACAUGGCAUCUUACAAAAUUAGUUAUGAAAAGUUGAUUAAACUGUACAAAGACAGUGGAAGUACAGGGGCACUUAAGUCACUUUGUAAGCUUACUUUCAAAGGUCGGCGUUAUGAGAUCACCAAAGGUUAUAUAACAUCUCCAGAAGACAUCUUGAAAACCAGGUGCCCGUUGUUGAACCAGCCACAUUAUCUUUACGCUGAACUUGACCUAAUACUUGGAUCCGGUACUUGCAAAAAUUAAAAAAAAAAUGGGAAGACAUUGUACCAGUAGUGAUAGCAGUUGCCCGUAAAUUUCACAAAAAUACAGCGGUGAAAAAAAUACUAAACCGUUACCAAUCUUCAAUAGAAAACAAAUGUUUCGGCAAGUUGUUACCACCAUCCUAUGCUAACUCACUUGUUUACAUUUGUAUUACACUUACCUCCUUUUUUUUUU